ACUGAGAAGAAGACAUGCGAAGAGAAGUUCAACGCCAAGGAUGGUUUCUCCGCUGUGAAACCCUUGCGCCUGGGAGGCAGAGGCAGAGGCAAGAGACACUAGGCCUGUGAUGGAAACUGACUUGACUGAGGAAGAAUCUGAGAGGAUAAAGACCAGCAGGAACAGGCGGUCACUGGAGCAUCGUCGCAACUCCCUAUUGCCCUUUCAAUGGAAAGCGACAAACAACUCUCGCUGGAUGGCCCAGGUGGUGGCCUCAGAGUUCAGCCUGGUGGCCUUCCUCCUGCUCCUAGUCAUGGUCUUCUCCAAGAAAUGGUUGUAUCCCUCUAAGAGUCGUUUCCAUCAGCGCUACCCCCAAAACGUCACCAAGAGAGUCUACACCUCCAUCCACAGUAUGUCCACAGGGCUCCUGUACAUCUGCGUAUCUAAAAGCUGCCCCAGCUCAGACAACGGGGAAGACAAUUUUAAGAUGUGGACAAUCCAUCCAGUUUUUGGGGUGGCUAAGAUAAGUUUCACCCUGGCCAUAGGGCUGGGUUUUGUCCUCACCACCUGGCUGCACCUGCCGUACCUGCCGUGCCUGCAGAGAAUGCCUUUCUUUGGCCUGAUUGGAAUCAUCCUGAGCUUCUGUGAAGUCACCUUAAUUUUCCUCACCCUCCUGUUGUUCCCUGUUAACCUCUGGAUCUACGAGCUGAGGAAGAAUAUAUCGGUUCCCAUCGGCUGGAGCUAUUUCAUUGGUUGGCUGGUGCUCAUCCUGUAUUUCACUUGUGGGAUUCUUUGCUACCUCAACCAUAAAAACUACUGGAGUCUGAUUACCAGCAGCACCUCCACCAGCACUGCUUGCAGAAGCUUAGGGCCAGCGUCUCUGGUGAGUCCCUCCCAGACCCCCAGCAGCCAGGAGAACAGCCAGGAGCCUCCUAAGGACGACCAAAGCCAUCAAGUCCAGAUAAAGUAGUCUCGCCACCCCAGCCAGACACCACUGGCUAGGACUGUCCUCAUCUGACCAAGGAGGAGCAAAGGAGGAUUUGGGGACCAGCUUUGCAUUCCUCUUCCUCAACUUGGCUUUGUCUGUGGCUCAGGUGAUGUGGAAUAAAUUGCCCAUGUCUUCAUCCUGUCUGACGGUUGUCGAGGAGAACUAGAGGAGGGAGAGGAAGGGAGAAAAGCAGAACCCGAUGUGUUUCUUUCCCAGUUCUUCCUGCCUAUGAACUUUCUGGAGCCCGUUGGUCCCAGCAGCCUCUGCCCGUAGCACAUCUGUGCAGACGUAGGAGGGAGGCCGUGGUAUAGACACUUAUCUGUCACUCACGAGAAUCUGGGUUUGAUGUAAAUGGCACUGAAAACUGAAAAACAGAAGUAAAUUUCGCCAGGCUUCGGUGGCACAUACCUAUAAUGCCAGGAGGCUGAGGCAGGGGGCUGGACAGCCUGAGCUCUAUGAGACGAUGUCCUCAGAAACAAAAACAAAACGUAACCAGCCAAAUUACACAGAUGUACCUGGCUGGAAAAUGACUGCAGUUCUUUCAGGAUCACAAACAAAUUUCUCCCGGGGGCUAGCCAGACACCAUAGGUACAAAGAAAACCAAGCCUAUAUAUAAUCUCUCUCUUACAGUAAGAUCUAGUUUAUGAGCUAUUCUUUGCUGGGUAAAAAUUUAUCCCUGACUUAACUGCCUUGAUGUAAUAAAGGUUAAUUUACAUAGAGUCUGAGGGACAGGAGCCUGGAAGCACUUUGAUUAAAUAGUUCUGUUUCUAAAAACUGGAUGUUAUUUUUCAGUUGACAAAUCAAACUUCUGUAUACAUGUACCGCACACCAUGAUGUGUAUCGCACACCAUGAUGUUUAGAAGCAUGUGUAUAAUGUGGG